AUGUCCAAAGAUGAUGUCCGUAUUGCUCUCUCUGAUGAACAAAAUGAACAGACUUCAGUGCACCCCUCAACUCAUCAGGAUGAUAGCACAAGAGGGGAAGCGACCAAGAGAAGGGUUACACAAUUUAAGAAAUUCCAUGCUUUGAAUGGCGCACUGUUCUUUGUGCUUUGUGUCAUACACGUUGUCGGCAUCUUCUUUUUCACGAAGGGCUUCCUCUUGACCCGGUUGAUACUCGACCACAAAUCCACGUGUGACGCUCCUCCAGUUAAUGUUUCCCGAAUCAAUGGAGAUUCCUCGACAGUCGAGGGAUGUUGGUAUCCAAGAAAAUUUAACAAGGCGGUCAUCAUUGUCAUUGAUGCCCUGCGAUAUGACUUUACAGUGCCUUUCCUGCCCUCUGAAAAAGAUAAAGAAGCGAGGCAGUUCCAUAAUGCCUUCCCCAUCCUCUACGAUACGGCAAAAACGAUGCCCAAAAAUGCUUUUCUACUUCCAUUCAUUGCAGACCCGCCGACCACUACUCUACAGCGACUGAAAGGGUUGACGACUGGUACAUUGCCAACAUUCAUUGAUGCUGGCUCUAACUUCGCCGGAACUGCUAUAGAGGAGGAUAACUUGCUGGCGCAAAUGCGAAAUCUCGGAAAAACAAUCGUACAUCUGGGUGAUGAUACAUGGCAGUCUUUGUUUCCAGGAUAUUUCCAUGAAGAUUUGUCGCAUCCAUACGACUCCUUCAACGUGUGGGACCUUUAUACCGUUGACAACGGAGUUACAUCGCAUCUAAUGCCACUAUUGAAUUCUCACAACGGCACAGAGUGGGAUUACAUCUUCGCUCACUUUCUGGGAGUCGACCAUGCAGGCCAUCGCUACGGACCAGAUCAUCCUGCGAUGAAUGACAAGCUCCAAGAGAUGAACAAUGUCAUUCUUCACAUCAUGGAAACAAUAGACGACACCACACUCCUUGUAGUCCUAGGCGAUCAUGGAAUGGACACCAAAGGUGACCAUGGAGGAGAAUCUGACGAGGAAGUCGAGGCAGCUCUCUGGUUGUAUUCCACGAGGCCGGUAUUUGGUAGAACGCAUGCGGAUUUCGUUUUACCACCAGCGAAUGCCAAGAUACGACCUAUAAGGCAGAUAGACCUAGUCUCGACCUUGUCACUUUUGCUUGGGCUUCCCAUUCCUUUCAAUAACAUUGGUGCACCAAUCGAGGAAGCUUUUUCUCAACGAAGCGGCUCAGAAUGGAGGGCUCUUGCAACCGUCAAUCAAAUCGCAGUACACCAGAUACGCAAAUACCAGGCAAAAUAUUCAGAAGCACGGAAUCUUAAUCUUGAUUCUGAUCCUCAUCAAAACGCACUUUAUGAAUCCGCUUUGUCAUUGUUAGAAGUAGAUGUCACUACUACCAAGAACGAUGAAGCUCGUUUCAAAGAAGCCUACCUUGCUCUGCGACAGUACGAGGACACGGUCUUGAGCCUGUACCGCCAGCUAUGGGCGAACUUCAACGUCGGCGAUAUGGCGGUAGGUGUCAUCAUUCUGACGGGAGGUUUAGUCUAUCUAUUAGCAUUUUCCGCAUGGAAGCCCAAGAUGAACGCCGGUAUAUUGAUCCCUGGCAACCUGUGGUCUGGGCUUGCCGUAUUCUUUUCGAUCUCACAAUCUGCGGGUUUUGCCUCAAAUUCCUACACAAUACACGAAGAUUCUAUUCUCUUGUUUUUCUUGGCCACGUUUGGACUGAUCAGCUGCAUAUCUUCUCUGCGACAAUCCGAAGCAUCGGAUCGACAACUGGGCACAGUGCAGUCGAUAUUCUUCACCUUGUUGACAAGAGCGGCAUCGUUCUCCCGCCUGUGUCGCGAAGAACAAAUGCCUGGCUGCCGUUCAACCUUCUAUGCAUCUUCAAACUCCUCAACUUCGGCACCGUGGCAGGUUUUCCUGCCCUUCACUAUUGCAAUUCUUCUUCCAGCUUUCAUCAAAGCUCGGUAUAAGGGUACAGCUUCCUAUUUUGGCCCUGCAGGAUUCUGGCUAGGGUUCUGCUUCCGUGUCGGACUUCUGUUGAUUGCAAUCUAUUGGGUGCUCGAUGCCGCUGAUAAUGGCGGAUGGCUUCAGCAGGCGGUGUCUCUGGAGACGUUAAAGAAAGCUAGUCUUACUGCUUCACAGUGUGCGAUAGUUAUAGCGGUGUUCGUCGGCAGCAUAACGAUCGCUCAAGCCAAACCAUGCAUUGACGUUUCCUUGGCAAGACAAAAGCCCAUUGAAGGGCAAGCAGAGGAUGACUCCAGGCAGGCCAAACCAGCAGUCAUCAUCCUGGGUUAUGCAAAUGUCCAUGGCACGCGGUAUUUCUUGCUGCUGCCAAUUUUCAUCCUCUUGGUGUCCGUCCUGCUACCUCCCAUGGGCCAAUUUUCAAUGGCAAUCUGCGCAUGUCAGAUUCUCGGUUUAUCAGAGAUCCUGGAUACCAACGGCUUGACGAUCUCGAUGUCAGCCUCAUCCGGAGCAAUAACAGCAAUAGGUCCCAUCAUCCUAGCCAUGUUAGGUUCUUUUCACUUCUUCAAAACAGGCCAUCAAGCCACUCUUGCCUCCAUCCAAUGGAACGCCGCUUUCGUUCCCUUCCGCACCAUCACUUACCCCUGGUCUCCUAUCCUCAUUAUCCUCAAUAGUUUUGGGCCACAGAUACUCUGCGCUGCAGCAGUGCCAUUGACCGUGCUGUGGAAAAGGCCGAUCAGCAAGAACCCAGGGUGGAUGAAGGAGGUUUUGUGCGACGUGAUGUGGGCAAUGCUAACGCACGCCUCGUAUUAUGCAAUAAUUCAGCUGGCUACCACCAUGUGGGCAGGGCAUUUGCGGAGGCACCUGAUGUUGUAUCGGGUGUUUAUGCCAAGGUUCUUGAUGAGCAGUGCGCUGCUGGUUGUCAUUGAUGUGGUGUUGCUCGUUGUCGUAUGGGGCGUAGUGAGAAUCAAUACUUUGAGCAUAGGGGAGGUGAUGGGUUAUUGA